AUGACACCCAUUCCUCCCCCCUUCCUACCUGCCCCCCCCCAGGGGUCAGGUGGGCAGGAGACUGGGCUGUGGGCCUCUGGAGCACAUCUCAGAGCUCUGGGCCUGGACCCUGGCUGUGGAGAGAUCCCAGAGGAGCUGUGUGAAAAGUGGCUGCCACGCGUGCUAGAGCCGCUGAAGGACGUGGUGUUGAUCGAGGGCAGCGAGGCCAAGCUGACUUGCUGCUUUUCAGCUUUCCAGGACCUGUUCAUCCGCUGGAGCAAGGACAGCAAAGAGCUGUGUGAGAGGCCCAAGUGUCACUGUGUGAGUCGGCAGCUGCAGGCCAGUACACCAUCAAGGUCACUAACACCUUGGGCCAGUGACAAAGAGGAGGCUGGCAAGAGCAUUCACUCCUUGGGCUCCCGCAGUCAGUGCAGUGAGCCCCAAGAGUCACAGAGCGAGCCAGAGCGGAGCAAGGGUUCCAGCCGAGUUUUCUGGCUUCCAAUCAUGGGCAGACUUCACUACUCGGAGCUCCAAGAUUCUGAAAGACCAGACAACGCCAAGGCGCACAAUGGCACCACUGUAAUGCUGACUGCUGAGAUCUCGGGAGAGCCUCCGCCCGGCGUGGGCUCCAAGGACGGGGAGGACAUCAAGGAAGACAACAGUGACCUGCAGCUCCUUCCUGCCCCUCUCCGCCCCUUCCCCAGAGUGUUCCUUCCAGAUCUGCGAGACCAGCGCCACCGCCAAGACGCUGGCAAGUACGAGAUGCACGUGGAGAACAGCCUGUGGAUGGACCAGAGCUUUGCGUGCCAGGACGUGGCCUGAAGGAACCCUCAGACCUCUGGUCCUGACCUCAAGACCAGGGGUGGAUGGGACCGACAACCUCCCGGUCUUGCUUAAUAAAACUGCCCUCUCUGACCCUCCUCGUCGUUCUGUGAGUCAGAACUGCAUUCUCCCUCUCGACCCUCCACCCCUGCACUUAUUCCAGACCCGCAGGCCGAGGUCACAGAAUGCUGGCGUCAGAGAGAAGUUUGGAGAGUGCCUAUUUCAUGCUUCAUUUUACGGUCAGUUUGAUAUAGGAUCUCUCUCACCAUCACACUUCCAGGCGGACUCUCCUCUCCUGUCGUCCGCUUAGUCGGACUCGCUGAGCAGCCGUGACCCGCUAGCAUCUCUGGGUUCAAGCCCCGCCCCCUAGAGGCUGUGCACGCGCUGGCCCCGCCCCCCCCCCAGGCGGGUCACACUCCAAUCUUCUCCAGUCCUCCACUUUGGCCGCUGCCCUUGAGUCCAUUCUGGGACAGUUCAGGUCCCCAUC